AUGCGAUCUAAGUUGCGAGUUUCAUCCCCGGAACGAACGCGUAAAGGGUCGAAACAUCCACAGCGGCUGCACUUUACGCCUUGGCUUAAGGAGCAGAUCGAAAGUGGAGAUAUCUGUGGCGUAGAGUGGAUCGAUAAAGACCUCGGGAUCUUUAAAAUUAUUUGGGUGCGAGUUGAUAAUCCCCAAUUCAAGCUCGAAACCCAUGCAGAAUUGUUCAAACGCUAUGCAAGCCACACAGGGAAAUAUCGCCCAGGCGACCAGCCAGAUCCCUCGACGUGGAAGACGAGGUUUCGCUGUGCUCUGCAAAAGAUGUCGGAUAUCGUGGAAAUUAGACAUUUGGAAGGACCUAAACCGUACAGAGUUUUUAAGUUUGAGCCAAAACGGAAAGGUAAGGAGUAUUAGUAUUUAUGACAAAUGCACCCGUGUAAAUUAACUUGCCCUUGGCAGUUGUUUUCCGUGUUACGUUGCUAUUUUGAAAGUUCAGGUCAUUUUGACUGCAUAAAUGAGCCCGUCUUUUGGUGAAGUUACUGUUCGUACAAAAAAACCUCAGUAUUAGUAGAUGAAUUCAUUGGCAAAGGCAUGUGAUCUUAAAGAGACAAGAUCUUCAUAUAGUAAGAAGACCGACUACGUUAAUACACAUUAGGCUUUGUUAAAUUCAUUGAUUAAAAUGACUUUUUCAUUUAUUACUUGCCAUUACAAAGUCAGGUAUCUUUUAGCUUGAUCUCAGUUCUCGAUCCGCUGUGUCUUAAAGCUACUGGCAACAGUCGGGUUUAAUGGAAGCAACAAGUGACCAAACAAUGCUCUUCAAGUUUAUUGUAAAAUUUGUUAUGUUGUGCCAAAUACCGCGGCGGGUAGGAGGCCAAGCGGCCUUUGAAUUAAAGAAGUUAAAACUGAAAAAGUGUCUUUUUAAGACACUUUUUUCGCGUAAAGAUUUAAAAAUCUUUAUGCGGAAAUUGCACUUAAGCGAAUAUUUUAAAGUGAAGAGGAACAAAAACUGCUCCUUUAUUUUAAACUAACAACUUCCCCUGUUAUUGAUGUUUCUUUUCGGUGAAGCAUCAAAUUUCUUUAGGAGUACUAACUGGAAUGUAAUUAAUUGAAUCUAAACACGCUAAUGGAAACAUUUUUUCUUUAUAUUUUCCCUCUGUCAUCUAACCAUGACGAAGAGAGCGGUACCUGCAUGUUUCUGUCUUUGUUCCUUCUCUUUCUUAGUUCCGUUUUUUCAGCACGAAAAUAGCAGUUGCUUUGAACUUUGUGCCUACGGGUCGCCUCAGUGCGAAGGACCAGGCUGGUAUAGCGAAGAUAGAGGACAGACGGCAAAUUUUUGUCGCUCGAAAUAUCUAUAAGUAGCAACUGUUCAAUAGCGGGAUACCUAAGUUGCGUGCAAUCCAUUGGUUUCGCCUCUAUAACUAAUCCUUAACAAGAGAGAAUAACCAACUGUAAAACAUUUUAGGAGAAGCCCGCAACCCAUAAUGUUAGCACAAUAUCUCGCAGCCUUUUUUGCAUCCUUUGUCGACGACAAAUCACGAAUUUGAGAGAAUAGAAACAGUUCUUUAUGUACUUCAUUAAGUAUGUUUAGAACAGUACGGAUGAUUUAGAAGCAAAAAUCCCAAAAAUCAUCUUUUGAAAAUAAAAACACGAGCAGCGAUGAUAGCUAGACGAGGGGUUAUUAAGUAUUUAAAAUAACAUCGGUACGUGGGGGACAAAGGACCGGAUAUCAUAAUCACUAGAUAUACGGUGAGGAAUCUAAUUGUCGCGGUAUGUCUGGGAUGGCUAGUUUCUUAACCAUUGCCAAAGACUGCUACGUUGCUUUAGUUUAUGUUUACCUUUUGCCAGUUUCUGAGCAGUUAGAAGUUGUUUCAUUCCAAUCUAGAGAGUUUUAAAAACUCGUGUCGAGGCAUCGAGUCAGAGCGUUAUAGACAGGUGAUGAUACCAAAGGUUAUUUCCCUCAUUCGCUAAUUUAAAAGCGUUAACAAAGUGUAUUUAAUUAACCAUAAUCCAAUUUUCACCUCGUUCUGCACAACCGUGACAUGUCAUCGCCAAGCUCAAAUCCCGAUGAUUUGCGUCUAUGCCGCUUAUCUUCAGACCACCUGAGCAGUGGUAUUUGCUGAUAAUAACUUUUAACGAUGGGAAUGGCUUAACUGAAUUUAUAGAUUGGGUUGUAUGUCUUAAAAAUGGUUAGAUCGCAUAGUGCUGUUGGUAGCAUUGGAAAAACUCAAGAACGUUCCCAGGAAGUUGAAAGCAUCUCAUGUAAUUCCGUAAUUCAUUGAAUAGUUUCCUGUUGCUAUUCAUUCUUUUAUCUGGAAACACGUGUUUACCACCAGACUAUUUUGUUUUGAAAUUGACUUAAUAAUUGACUGCGUUUUGUUUUGUUUGACUUUAAUGAACUGUUCAUUUUCCAAAAUUUACUGUCCGUUAAAGACAUUUUGGGGAAGCUUUUUUUCGAUUGCUGCACGACGGUAAGAUAUCAUGAACUUCUCAGAAAUAGAAGGUAGUUUUUCGUCUGCGAACGUUUUUGGACCAGUAUAUCUAACUGAACCACUGAUAAAACUCACUUCAGUAUCAGGAACAUGUUCUUUUUUUUGUUCCAAAGGAUAAAAGAAUAAAAUUAAGAUAAUUUUUGACAUAGUUCGUGGUGGUCCAAAGACAAAGCCCUCAGACUAGUCACCAAAAAGAGAUCGGCAUCGGCUUUAAUACAUUAAUUCCCGUUCGGAAAAAUCCGGAAAAAGAAAUGAAACAAUAACGAGUUGAGCCAGUGUAUGCUAUACGAGCAAAUUUAUCCCAGUUUCAAUCAGGAGCAAAAUUCAGGUGACUCGUUACUCCGCAAGUAGAAGCCCAUUUGCCGUGACUUAGUUCUAUCGAAGAAUGAUGAACACGCAGCCGGGAUAUAAAGGUUAGACCAUCCGUGACAGAACCUGAACAACACAUUAACUUUAAUUUAUUUUAAUAUUGACUGCCUCAAUUUUGUCGCUACAAGGGUUUUUGAUGGACUAAGCUUUUUGCGUCCAUCAGAGUCGGAAAUUAUGCCUUUUAAAUCAUUUAAGAUGUUUUCAAACUUAAGAGCUGUUCGAAAAAUGAGAAGAAACUUAUAAGCAGGUGAUUUUGAGCCAUUGCGACUUACGUCAACAGGGAGUGAGCCCUUGCCUUGAUUUUAGGUCCCACAUUUAUAUUUCUGUGUCUUUACUCUUCUAACGGAGAUUGAUGCGAAUUGCUGAGCAGAGUUGAAGGUCGGUCCUCACAACGGUAGUCGGCCAUAUCCCCCCCCCGGAUCCGCAUUAAGUAGGACGAUGUAUUUUGGGUCAACAUAGUAGUCAGGCUUCCAAAUAUAAAUGCUUUUUGACACAACACCAUCAAAAUUUAAGAAUAUUUUUAUACUUCUUGUCUUUCCAAACUUAGUGCAUUUCUUGAAGGUGAAAUUUCACGUUUCUUUUUGCAUUAAUGGAGAUAUUUGGACAGGGGACAGUGAAGUUGAAGACUCUUCAACGAACAUUUCCUUAACAAACCUGAAAGUGAUUUCUUCAAGGAAAGUUUUUUUUCGCAAUGUUUUCAGCCAAACAAUUUAAUUUGAUGCUGAUAAAACAAAUUAACAAAAAGAAACAGAAAAAGUAACAUGCACGGCAAAUUUAAACUGUGUGUCAGUUGCAUGAAAUGCGGUUCUCAAGAUGAGCAGAGCUAUAUCGCGAAUUUAACUUAUCGAACAUCUAUAUGGUAAUUUAGGUGCUAGUUUUCAAACGUAUUGUAUUAUCAUUUUCUUUCCAAAAUAAAUAGCGUCACAUAAACUUUCGGUUUAUCUUUGGGUGUUAAUGCCUCAGAUAUUAAUCGAAUUUAAUGCGUUGAAUGAUAUCGAUCCUCUGUUAUCGAGUGGUCAACAACAUCAACUGAAUUCGUUGCUUCCUUAUCUCUGUGCCAACAACUUGAACUUUGAAGUCAUAUUGAUGUCAUAAUAAUUGAAUUAACUUGUUCUCUAGACGUGGUUUUGCACCGUCAUUAUUGUUUAACCAUUGUUUACACAUGCAUUUUUUAACUUUCGAUUCUUUCACUUUUCAAAAGGAAAUUCUGCAAGGCGUAGGAGAAGACGGUGUUUUACAUCAGAGACAAACCUGUCCUUGAACGAGACAGUUUCGGGAUUAGAAGAGUAUCUUGUUCCAAACCAUUACUUGAGUUAUGCGGGCGUGAGUGAAUGGGAUACGCAGAACACAGAGGUAUAACUACAUGUAGUAGACACGCCUCAGGCAUGGCGUGCUAUCUCAUUGCUAGCGUCAAACGUAAUUGAGAAGUUGUAACCUUGCGGUACCCGGUGGAUCUACAAAAGGUAGGGAGGGACCUUCACAUGAAAGAGACGGAGAAGCUCGUUGGAAAAAUAUGAUUUAUAGCGGCCUAAAGGAGGCCAAUCUGGGUGCGUUUCUUAACUCCUAGGGGAGACCUAACUGAAAUCUUCCCCCAGCGUUUACGACGAGUAACCACAAACUUUUUUAUGUCAGCCUGACACAGGCGCUACCACACACGCACCGUUUCGUACACGACUUCAAUUCUAAUAACGCUAUAAUAAUUUUUUUUUUCAGCCAUGUUGUAUGGAGAACUGGGACAUGUAUUUUCCACAGAACGUGCGGAAUGAGUUUGGAUACUUUUAAUGCCCAAGUUUUGCACUUAAGGGUUAGCAAAGCUUUUUUUCCGGUAAGCAUAAGAAUUUAAUUUAAAAAACUUCAAAACAGGCGCGAGGAUAUCAAACACAGCCCAUCCGUACGAAAACAUAUUUUUAAAAAAUAUUGGAAUCCUGAAUUCGAAUAGAAAAUACUUUGGUAUUUGAGAGAAAAUUUGUUCGACUUUCUAGUAGAGAGAGGUUACUUGCUCAAUUGUGUAUGGAAACCAGUUAUUGAAGAAAUUCAGAUGAUAACAUCACUCUCUUUAAUAACCCAUACGCGUUAUAGUACUUAUAAACCCUUACAAGCCCUAAGAGUAAUCAGUACUAAUGAAAAUUCUCCUUCUUUCCUUGUAAUAUCUGAAUGCCUUAUAACACAGAUUGGUGACGAGAAUUAAGCACAUGAUCACACAAGAUAAAUUUAAUCGUUAUUAUAUUCAAUCACCCGUUUGCUAGGAUCUAGAAAGGGGGGGGGGGUACUGAUCUCGUAUUUCGGCUCCUACUGAACACGACAAUCCCGCAUCCCGAACUUCUUUCAUCGCUAUCCUGAAUACUCAUUUUCUUUCCCAAUCCCGUAUUCCAAAGUUUGGCGAAUCCCACCUCCCUGGUAGCAGUCAAAUCCCUUAUCCCGUAGAGUUUCCCGAAUUCCGCACUGUAUUUUCGAGAAAGCUUUUCCAGCCCCUGUUAUGCUGCAUCCAAAUCAAAAGUAAGUCGUUUGAUCGUAAAUAUUUUCUUCACAUCUCUCUCUCCUCGUCUGACUGAAACUCACUAUCUUUUAAACGAUAAGCCGUCCUUUAGUAUUUUACUAUUUGCUUCUUCUUGGUCGCAAGGACGCAUCCGGUUCUACACCCCUUGAAUGUAUUUGAACGGAGAGUAAUGGUUAGUUGUUUCCUUUGCAGGUCGUGCCUUAACGCAUCCCCUCAGUCAGAUGUCUAUUCAGGCGCCAAAUAAUUCCUUGACAUUUUAUACUGGUAAAGGUUUGAGAGAUAACGACGAGUUUCAUUUGGACGAUAUACUUUUAUAAUAAAGGUCGAUGUCACAACAUUUAAUCGUUCGGACGGCUGGAUCACUUGAAAGGGGUUUUACCCUCUCACAGAGAGCAUACUCCGAUUCUUACCUAUUAAGAUAAAUUACGUUAUACAUGAUGUAGUCACAAAAGCUGACAUAAUGAUCAGAAGUAUUCUGAAACGUUAGAUUUCCCACGUUACUGACAUGCAGACGAAGUUGUAGCUAGUGUAACAGGUAAAUAGGUCGUCCUGUUUUUUCGUCUCUGUCUAAGAGCAUGCUGUUUAUAAAAAGAGAUCCUAUCGGCUUGCUACAAUGACCUUCUCCACAGAGAAUCAGUCCUCUUUUGUCUUCUGUUGAUGAAAGUCCGUAUACACUUAACAAUCUUAUUGAUCAGCUUAAAAGCAUUUUGAACUAAGACAUAAGGCUUAACAAUAUACACAGCUGUAUUGCUUCAGCCCAUAUUUUCUUUAGAAAUAAAUGAAUGGAUGAAAAAUAAAUAAUAAUAAAUAAAUAUUAUGGUUGUACCCUGUUCCCCAAUAUCUCUUCUGCCUUUGUCUCCGCCAUUAUUUCCCUUUUUCCUGGUCCUUUUCUUUUAAAAAGCUAAACAGUCAGCAAGGUUUUCGCCCACAUCACACAAAAACUGUAGCUCCCCAACUGCUCUUCCAGCGGCGGGCAGUCUUUCUUUGAUUGUAGAGUUUUUCAAGGUGUCCCCUUAAAUCGGGUGCCGUACGGCUUCUGGCAGGUAAAACCCCAAAAUGCAAAAAUAAAUUUAGGCGUAAGCCAAUAUAUAUAGAAUACUUUCUGGGCCGUGCCCCUGCGGGUCGCUGCCUGGCCCUUUUGUUUCAUUCUAUAGGGCGCCAUCAUUGUCGUGGGGGUACUCCAGGUCCUUUGUCUGUCUAUUCACUUAGCUUUCAGUAGGUCACUAGAAUGUUUCUUGGGUCUUUUAACUAAGUGGUCAGGGCGGGGCUCAUUACCCCGGCGACUUUUGGCGUGCUUAUGUAUCAGACGUAUCAGAAAUCGAACGAGUUUACGCAGCCAAAGAGUGAGAUUUCUGCUACAAAAAAGAGAGCGUAAAUACCAUACAAAGAACUUUCCAUGUGGUAUUGUGUUUAUUAUAAUCAUACUGAGACAUUCACAAUUUUAUUAGCCCUUUAUUUUAGAUAUUUCCAAAGGGUUAAAAGCGUGAAAUGACAUGAAUGAAAACGACGCCGCCGUUCAAAAACAAUUAGUAAAAAUUAUAAUGAGGGUAAGAAUAUGAGGUAAAAAAGGAAUUAAUCACAUAAUUAAGUAUUCUUAACUAUAUGUUUAGAAGUAUGUUUAGUAUGAUCACAAUUUUUUUUUAGUAAACUAUUGAAAUAGUGCAAUAAAUAAAAAAUCUAAAAUCGGGAUAAUAUAGUCCUAAAUAUAGAGCUAUUGUUGUUGACAGUGACUGACGUUUCGACAACCUGUGUAGUAGUCAUCUCCAGGGUCAAAGUGAGUUGUAUCACGUCAGUUGAUGGUGUUAAACUCUGGUUAUUGACCUGAUUAAUUGGUCAAUUAAGUCGCAAUGUUGCUAGUCGUCUGUCAGUAAAGGCAUAAUGUUAUUAGCUAUGAAGACUCGUAAUGUCAUUUGUGCGUUUCCAUCAGCCUAUUGUCACAGUUAAAUAGUCAUUUAUUUUUGGUUAAAUUGUCAGUUGUCCAGUCUUUCUCUCGUAGUUAGUUUUGCUUGAUUCCGUCAACAAGUCCUUUGUACGGUGUGGGUAACUGUUGACCGCGAUUCAGUGGUAAUAAGUUAGUAAACCACCUUUCUAAAGUGAGUCGUUGAUGGUCAAUUUACAAUUACUAGCGGAAGAAGAAUAAUCUUAAUAAAAGACAAACUAUUAGCUGCAUGAAGGUACAAGUCGAGCUUACUUGUUUUUUCCCCUUGCAAGCUCUCCAUACAAUUUUCUCCGGUGACAAUGAAGUAUACGACGCUAUUCUAUUUCAAUUUCCGAACUGUUGCUCACUUUUCAGGACUCACAAAUUUCCUUGUUGAAAGACUUCGCAAGCUCAUACAAAAGGCAAGUAAUUUGGAGCGGAAUUCUUGCACCACAGGGGAUAUUGAUUAG